AGAUGUAUUAAGUUAUAAGAAAUUCCCAAUCCUAAUCAAAUGUGAGAAAACUCGACUAUGAUUGGUUAAUUUUCUUAUGGCUUAAGAUUUAAAUCAUCCAGGUUAUCUUCCUUAUAUCUUCCCUGAGGAAAAUUUUACUCGAUAUAAUAUAGUAUACGUCACGUGUACUAUAUAUUUUGAGUAAAAUUUUUCUCGGAAAGAAUAUUUUGGAGUGUAACCUAGAGUGUGUUCAAAAAUAACUCACAUAUCAAUUUGUUUAACAUUCGUUGAACAACAAAGCUAAAGUGAGUGCGAAUUCAGUGGAAUAAAAUCCGAUCGAUGAGCGAUUAAUGAUUAUUAAUUUACUAUUAAAUCCCUAAAUUUAGACCCAAUUAUUUACGAAUUACUCAACUGUUGUGCAACCGUUGUGUCCGUUGAACGCAGCCAAUGAGCAGUUGCAGUACCGAAUGCACUUAUUAUAUUUCAGUGGCUCCUAUCAGUUUAUCCCAGUGCUUCGAACUAGGACCGGUUAUAAGAAACAGCAGAAAUUUCUGAUUUCGCGGUAUACAGUUCGCGCGAACCCAAAUACCUGCAAACACGUACGAAUUACGCUCACGAAAAUAUAUGAAUAUAUGUAUAAAAUUGGCAAACAGGUAGAAUCUAAUAUAUUAUGGUGCGAAUAGCGUAUGAGAAAAAAGAAAUGUCAGACGCUUGAAACAAACCGCCGUGCCUGCCGUUUAAAUGUUGGUGUUUCGUAAUUAUGUCGGGAACACGCCGUAUUGACAAUUUUAGGUAAGAUCAUUAUUCGCAUAGUUUCGUUGUGCUGUAACGGGCAAAUAAAAAAAAAAAAAAAGAAGAAAUCAUCGACGCUGCGCCAAAAUAUUUGUCAUCAGCGGCACAAGGUCUAAUCUGUCAUCCAGUCGAGUACCUUCGCGAUAGGCAGCAUGUCUUUCGGGAUGCUGAAUGUACACAGUAAGAAAUAAGAUGUCACCGUUUCGGAGAAAAAAGUCUGGGAAAUCCUUCCCUGUCAAAGUUUGCACCUUGGAUGCAGAGCUCGAAUUUAAUCUAGAGUGGAGAUCGACAGGCAGAGACUUAUUUGACUUGGUUUGCCGCACAAUAGGAUUAAGAGAGACAUGGUAUUUUGGACUUCAAUAUGAAGAUGCAAAGGGUUUUAUUUCUUGGUUAAAAUUAGACAAAAAAGUUCAAGAUCAAGGUAUUUCGCAGCAACCGACUACAUCGUUUAUGUUACUGGCAAAGUUUUAUCCUGAGGAUGUAGCUGAAGAACUAGUACAAGAAGUUACUCAACAUUUGUUCUUUUUACAAGUAAAGCAAGCUAUAUUAUCCAUGGAUAUUUAUUGUCCACCUGAAGCAUCUGUAUUACUUGCUUCUUAUGCUGUUCAAGCAAAGUAUGGCGAUUAUGAUGAAGUUUCAUAUCGUCCUGGAAUGCUUGCCAGUGAAGACUUGCUUCCACAGAGAGUUAUAGAUCAAUAUCAAAUGACUCCAGAAAUGUGGGAGGACAGAAUAAAAAUUUGGUACGCUGAUCAUCGUGGUAUGUCUCGAGAUGAAGCAGAAAUGGAAUAUCUUAAGAUUGCUCAGGAUCUCGAUAUGUAUGGUGUAAACUACUUUCCUAUUAGUAAUAAAAAGGAAACAGAUCUCUGGCUUGGAGUAACAGCAUUAGGAUUAAAUAUUUAUGAAAAAGAAAACAAAUUAGCCCCGAAGACUACGUUUACAUGGUCGGAAAUUCGUCAUAUUAGCUUUGAUGACAAGAAGUUUGUAAUCAAACCUAUGGAGAAAACAUCGCCAAACUUCAUGUUCUUCUCGCAGAAAGCUCGCAUGAAUAAACUGGUAAAGAAACAGUCAGAUGUUGGCAGCUGGGUGAAGGGCUUGAUAGCUUUAAGGUUGAACGAACAUAAUAGUGACACAGGUGCUCACAUAUUAUUUGUUAAGAUCCUGGACCUGUGCAUUGGCAACCAUGAUCUCUUUAUGAGGAGGCGCAAGCCAGAUUCCAUGGAAGUUCAACAAAUGAAAGCACAAGCCAAGGAAGAAAAAUCCAGGAGGCAAAUUGAAAGAAAUAAAUUAGCACGAGAAAAGCAAUUACGGGAAGCGGCAGAAAGAGAAAAGGCUGCAAUGGAACAACGACUUUUGCAAUAUCAGGAGGAGAUACGGCUGGCGAAUGAAGCUCUUGUAAGAUGUUAUGAAUAGAAAAUAACAUAAUAAAGAAUAUAGUAAAACUCCAAUUAUAAAUUAUAAAAAUAUAA